ACUCGCAUGCGCGCCGAGUCGGUUGGUUUUUUCCGUGGGGUGAAGAUGUCGCGGUAUAGCCGUUACGGUGGAGAAACUAAAGUAUAUGUUGGUAAUCUGGGAACUGGUGCCGGAAAAGGAGAACUAGAAAGGGCUUUCAGCUAUUACGGACCAUUACGUACAGUGUGGAUUGCACGGAACCCUCCAGGAUUUGCAUUUGUUGAGUUUGAGGAUCCAAGAGAUGCUGAAGAUGCAGUUCGUGGUCUAGAUGGGAAGGUGAUCUGUGGCUCCAGGGUUAGAGUGGAGUUAUCAACUGGCAUGCCUCGUCGGUCUCGCUAUGAUAGGCCCCCUGCAAGAAGGCCAUUUGAUCCUAAUGAUAGGUGUUAUGAAUGUGGCGAGAAAGGUCAUUAUGCUUAUGAUUGUCAUCGCUAUAGUCGUCGGAGAAGAAGCAGGUCACGGUCUCGAUCUCAUUCAAGGUCCAGGGGAAGGAGAUAUUCCCGCUCACGCAGCCGAAGUCGUGGCAGGAGAUCCCGGUCUAUCUCGGCUCGCAGAUCUAGAUCACUCUCUCCUCGUAGAUCCAGGUCUAUCUCACCACGCAGAUCCCGUUCAGGUUCUUUAAAGAGAUCAAGGUCUCGAUCCAGAUCAAGGUCCAGAUCCAGGUCCAUUUCAAGACCAAGAAGCAGCCGCUCCAAAUCAAGAUCACCAUCUCUAAAGAGAAGUUUUGAUAUGAGCCAUUUAUAUCCAUUCUCCAUUAACUCAGGUCGUUCACCAUCAGGAAGCCCUCGAAGGAGCGUGAGUCCUGAAAGAAUUGAUUAAAAAUGCAAAGAACAUGUUAGGAAGAGUUUUGUUUACGUUAUUUUAAGGGAUUUCUUUGGUGUUAUUGACAAAUGUAGAUCAAAAAACCUUUUCUAGGACUAAUGCAGCAAGGAUCUGGAUCUUUUAGUAAAAGCUGCUGUAGUAGACUAGUGCACAAUUUCUUGUAUGUAACAACAUCCUGUGAUCUGAAAAGUGGGUCUUUUUAUGGGCACAUGAAAUAAAAUGUGUAUUUCUAACUUUUGCUGUAAUGCUAUUUACUUCAGUUAAUAUUUCAAGUGCAUGUUUAAAGCAAAUUACAAACAGCUACUUUAGUGUUGUACCCAAAUGUUGGCUUAAAAUAAUUGUAGCUAUUCCUACCCUGCCUGCAUCAAGCUUAAGUGUAACUUAUUUAUUUGGUGCUUCAGGCAACCUAGGGUGAUAAGAUAUGUGAAAGAGUGUUAAGGAAGCUACUUAACACUUAAAGAGAGCCUUUUUGGCUAAGGAUGCAGCUUAUAAAUUCAAUAAAUAUUUGUCUGUUCCAUCCUAUAAUGGUGUAUAUAUGCCCAAGUUUGAUCUGCUAAAUUCUAAAAUCAAAUCUGCUCACUUAGCAGAUACUUUAUUUUACAUCACUGCAAGCAGUUUUAUUACCUAAAAAAGAUACCCCAAAGCAUGUUCAGAUGGCCUUUUUGAAUGGUUUCAAUCUGGAAUAGCAGAAUAGUGCAGGCUUUGGACUCUUUCUUCCUGUUGGUGAAAGGCGACAAGUGAACUAGGUAGACUGAUGCUAUGUAGUUUACAUCUCACAAGGUCAAAGUCCUUGGUUCACUUACUCUUUGAUCCCUGGUGAAAGUACUAUGUUAGCUCAUUUUAGCUUGAAGCUAAACUAUAAGUAGGCCCCCAAUAUAAAACUCUUAAAAUAUUUUUACCAAAUGAUGGGUUUUCUCAUCUUUAAAAGGCAGUACUUUAAGGGAAAUAGUACAUAUCUUCCAUGAUUUCAUACUGUACAAGGAAUAUGCCCAAUCAGCUGCAAUUUCCAUCAUUGACAAUGGCUCACUUUAUGCAAAGGAUCCAUGCUUAUUCUUUUAACCAAGCUUAGCAUAAUGGUAAGUGUUGAGGGUUUAUGGUUCAGGGGAUGGAAGAGCUUUAAAAGCCAACUUCAAAAAUGGUCUCUUUCAAACAUGUCUCAUCUGGAAAUGCCAAGUCCUAGAUUUAAAUUAAUACUGUAUGAACUGGUUUCUAAUCUAAUUCACUGCUAAAUGUAACAUGCACUAAAUCUAAGGUUUGACAGAAGAUUAGUUUUGCUUGCUUCUACAUCAGAUUGAAUAAAUGGACUCCAAUCAAAAAGGGCUGAAAGUAUUUUAAUACCCUUGUUAAUUAAUCAAACAACAGUAACUUCAGUUCUUGCUUUAAACUGUCUUGACAUGGAUAUAUUUAUGAUAUUCAAUGAAUAUGCUGUUUCUGAUAAAUAAAAAAUGCUUAUUUUAUAAUCAAA